AUGGCACACGCAGUGCUGGUCCUCCUCGCGUGGCACCCGGACCUCGUCGUGCCGACGCUGACGCUCCACACCGCUGCGGUGUUGUUUGUCGCGCUGUGCAUCCUUGUGGCCAUGGUGCUGUAUAUGGCGCCCAUGAAGAUGGUGGCCGUGCGUGUGAGCACCUCCCACCGAUCACUUCUUACCGUUCAAGUGCCACCACAGCGAUUGGUGAACAUGAAUUCUGGCCGCCGGCUUCAGCCAUUGGGGGUGGGAAAGGGAAAGCAUAGAGGGUGUCGAGCUGGCUCAUUGAGGGCAUGCACCAGGCGCGGGCUGCGUGGGUGUACUGGAGCCGGGCAUGAGCAUGGCCUAGGAGGUGAGGACCGAGAGUUGCUACUUGCUAGUUGGAACUUCUAUUUGUUGAAUACUCAAAUUAUGUUGGGUUCUUGGAAAAGGAAUUUGUCUUCCUCAUCUAAAGCUGCUGCAUUGCAUUUCAUAGAAAUGGCUAUGGGGUUGAUUAAUGCUAAUCCUAUAAUCCAUGAGAAAAAAGAAAGGCGCGUCCGACCGGCAUCAGAGACCACAGAUGAAAAUGCGGCAGAGCCCAUAGACCAGCUGGAAAUAUUUGAUAUCCUUAUUAAUGAUUUCCCUUAUAUAAAUGUAGUGAAGCUUGUUUUUCCAUUUAUCUGUGAGCUCUCUAUCCUAGCUAUUUGGCUGUGGUCCUUAAUGUUCUUACAUCACAUUAGAGAUAUAAAGGAUCCAGAGCACCCAUACUCACUGGAACAGCUGAAUGUGGUAACUGAAGAUUCAAUUGAACUCAAUGAUGAAAGUAAUCAUGUCAGGGUUACUUUCACCCCAACAGUGGAGCACUGCAGUAUGGCAACUAUUAUUGGCCUUUGCAUACGUGUGAAACUUGUACGGAGUCUCCCUCCUCGUUACAAGGUGGACAUAAGGGUUGCCCCUGGAUCACACGCAACUGAAGCUGCCGUGAAUAAGCAACUGAACGACAAAGAACGAGUUGCGGCUGCAUUGGAAAACCCAAAUCUGCUGGACAUGGUUGAAGAGUGCUUAUCACCAACAUUUGAUUGA